AUCAAAUUUAAACAAAGCGAGAAAGUUGUGUUUGUGUAAUGUAUGUAAUGCGUGAAUUAAUAGUUUUUUUGUUAUAUUUGAAAUCUAUUACUAUUAUAAAUUCUUAAGAACUACCACAUUUAUAAUUUGCAAUAACUUGUAAUCACCUGAUAACUGACAAUGCCCAGUCAAUACGAGGAAGAACGUGUUUGGGAGGGAUCAAACCACAAUCAAUACGAAGAAGAAGGUGGAGAAGAUGUUAUUGACAAUCCAGAAGAAGUGCUACAAGAAUGUUUGGAAAAGUUCAAAACACCGGACUAUAUCAUGGAACCGGGCAUAUUUGGUCAGCUGAAGCGAUAUUUUCAAGCUGGCGGGAAUCCGGAACAAGUUAUUGAACAAUUAUCAAUAAACUAUAAUGGUGUAGCACAGAUGGCAAAUUUGUUAGCUGAAUGGCUUAUUCUCGGUGGUGUCAAAGUGACUGAAGUGCAGGCCAUGGUGGAAAAUCACCUUAAGGAUAUGAUUUUAAAGACAUUUGAUCCCAAAAAAGCUGAUACCAUUUUCACAGAAGAAGGUGAAACACCAGCUUGGUUAACAGAAAUGAUUGAACAUCCCACAUGGAGGUCUUUGAUAUACAGACUGGCUGAAGAAUACCCAGAUUGUCUCAUGUUGAAUUUUACAAUUAAGCUUAUAUCAGAUGCUGGUUUCCAAGGAGAAAUCACCAGCAUAUCAACUGCAGCACAACAAAUAGAAGUAUUUUCAAGAGUUCUCAAAUCAGCUAUUGUUGGAUUCCUACAGAGUUCUGACGACUGGCAGAAUAGUGUGAAUGAAUGUGCUAAAAUGGUUUGCCACGGUGCUCAAACAUAUGUAUACAGUCAAGUUAUUGUUCACAUUCUAUCACAAGAGCCAAGAGGUGGGGCAAUCAUGAAAAGACUUGGACAAGAAAUUACUCGUUGCGCACAACAAAGCGGUCAUGAUGUAACCCCAAUUACGCUGGCGCUAACGGCAGGCGAGUCGUGGCGCGGCGCACGCACUGCGCUGGCGGCCAUGUUGUCGCGCGAUGCACUCAAUCCGGCAGACAUAUCGGUGCUGUUCCGCGCAUACACGCAACCUGAACCUCCACCGGUUCAUUUGUUAAGAAUACCACAGUUUCUAGAACUGCUUGUGGACUCCUUGUUUAAAUCGGGUUCAAAAUUGAAUCCUGAGCACAAAUCAAAGUACAUGUAUUUGCUGGCAUAUGCUACCAGUGUGUGUGAAGGAGUGACCCCGGGCAGACCUAUCAAAGAGGAGUUGAAAGCCACGGUACAAGCUAUAGAAAAAAUCCACACAGUGUGUAGCAGCUCUGCUAGCUCAAGUGAACUCAUUGCAGAACUUCCCACACUGUAUCAUUGUAUCAGAUUCCCAGUUGUAGGGAUGGGUGUUCUAGUGUGGGUAGAAUGUGUUGUAACGGAGCCUUCAUACUUCAAGUUGUGCACAGAGCACUGUCCCGUGCACUUGGCGUUGCUAGACGAAGUGGCUUCUUGCCAUCAGUUACUGCAUCACAGGCUAUUAAGAUUGCUCAUACAACUUUUUGAAUCCCCGCAAGAUGAAUUGGAAAUUCUAGUACAGUUGGAAUUGAAGAAAAUGCUCCUCGAUAGAAUGGUGAACUUGUUGAGCCGCGGCUGCGUGGUGCCCGUGUUGCGAUACAUAAAACAGUGUUGGCAGCGCGGCGACACUGAUAUAUCACUUAUUAGAUAUUUCAUCACAGAGGUACUGGAUGCAAUUGCGCCGCCUUAUACACAGGAAUUUGUUCAAUUGGUUCUUCCAAUGGUCGAAAAUGAGGAAAUAACUGGGACAAUGCGAGCAGAGGGGGAAAAUGAUCCAGUGUCAGAGUUUAUAGUACACUGUAAGGCGCAUUAUGUAGUAACAUAAGGGAAUUGUUGACGAAAAUAAAAGUAUUUCAACAAU